GUAGCAGAGUCUCCUGUAAUGGAGUUAAGGGAUGAGCUGACAGGCUAGUGGAAAAUCCCAGUGUAGUGUAGCAGCAACAAUGUUGCAAAGUGAGGGGAGGUCUUAGGCUCACCUAAUAUAAACGAAGUUCUGGAACAAUCUGGCCUCUUCCACCUGGGAUUUUGCAAGGAGAAAGUUUUGCCAUUCUUCAAGCGAAAAUGUCUAGAUCUAAGAGAAGUGCUGCGGUGCCCAUUCGCUUCAGGGAGUCCCCUGGGAGAUCCUUGAGGAGUGCACCUGUAAUUGAAGAGGAGGAUGAGGAUGUGGUGCCACCAACUCCGGAGAAAACAAGGCCAGUAUCAUCUGCUUUAACUCCUAAUGUUGUGGUCUCUAACCCCCCAGCCCCUGAACUUGCACCCGCCGGGCCCGGUACUGUGAUGGUUGCGGGACAGGCGGGUGCAGUGAGCGCUGGCCCAUCCGGCCUAGACACGGCUUUGGAGGCAGGCCUGGGGGCCCUUACGGCCUCCGGAAUGUCGCCGGAGGCGGCGGCGGCCAUAGUGGGCAUGUUUAAGGCCCUCACGGCCGCCGUUCUGCCUCCGGUGGCAAGCCGGGUGGAACCGGGGCCUACCGCCCCUCAUUAUCCCCCUCAAUUGGGCCGGGGGCCUGGGGACCCUCAUCAGGCAGGGCCCAGUAUGGUAAAUCAUCCGGCCGGGUCCCUAGGGCCCGGCACGGAUGCCUCAUUGGUGGCUCAGUCGGUUACUGGAGCGGGGCCUGCGGGUCCUCGCCCACUCACCGGACCGCCGCUAUCAUUGGUGGCUCAGUCGGAGCCUGCAACUACCAGUGCAGGCUCCGGUUGCGGCCUUGCGUCCGCCGCGUCCAUUUCCGGCCGGUCAGGUGACACGCGUGACGUCACUUCCGGCGCCGCGGUAGUCACACGGCCGGAACCUGGAUCAGAGCGGCACAUCCAGCGAGCGCGCAAGAGGCCUAGCCGGGUACUCUCCACAGGUGAGGGGGGAGUAUCCGGGCGGGCCUGCUCCGCUGCGCGACACUCUGCAAUAGCUAGCAAUGCAAACAGAGCAAGUCCCUUACAGAGAGGCCGCGGCGCGCAGAGAGGGAGGCUCAGGGGUUCCAGUGUUAGCAAGCAGGCUUAUGGGAGAGCUAGAAGCGCAUUGCUGGAGCGCCAGUGGUAUCACAGGGGGGGUGCCAGCAGCAACUAUGUACCCCAAACAAGGGUGAAUGCGCCCACUGAUGGGGCACAGGGCGAGUCGCUAGGCACAAUAACUGCAGGGGUCCAAGGGGGCAAAGGGCUUGUUGCGGCAGGUGCUCAGAACGUUCAUUCAGUCAGGGAGCGUGUGGUCAGAGAAUCCCCCUAUGUGGCAGGGCCAGCGAAUGAAUGGAGUGGUGAUAUGAAUGACGAGAGGGCUAGAGGGGUCCCAGACAGGGCCGGGGGCAGUACUUCUACCCCGAUUGGGGGCGGCAGUCAAGGGGGACACACGGCUGGCCUGGAUACUCCCCUCUCGUUUGUUUCUCCCCCACAGGACAUGGUGCCUACACCGCAGAGGACAGAGGGCCCGGGUACAACGGGAGUAGGACUAUCUGUACAGCCAGCAGGCGGAUCAGUGGCAGCUGCACCAGGAACAUCUACCCCGUCAACAUCGGCAGUUGGUGUGGCUACAGGUCCUUCUCGUAUCUGGAUAAUAGGGCACUCCUACGUGCACUGGGCGGCACUGAAGGCCCAUUCUCUUCCUGAGGGGCAGCAGUUGGGGAUUCCGACGUCUCAGGCAUCAAUACGGUGGUUGGGCCGUAGAGGCUUACAGUGGGAUGGUUUGCCUGCCCUCCUCCAGAAUGCCAGACAUCGAUGGGGACAGCCCCACAUCAUCCUCCUUCACAUGGGGGGAAAUGAUAUAGGGAGUGCACCUGCUCUAGAUCUCAUCAAUGCGAUGAGGUCGGAUGUCAAGUGGAUCUGUACCACGUUUCCGGGGGUUAGGCUGGCCUGGUCCAACAUAAUCCCCCGGCUGCGUUGGAGAUAUUUCCCCACACCGAGGAUAGCAUAUAGGGUUAGAAAAAAAGUUAACAGGGAGCUGGGUAGAGCAGUAAUAGAGGUAGGGGGUUUUGUGGUCCGCCAUGAACUGAUCUCAGCGGACAAAAAAGGGCUGUAUCGCCCGGACGGGGUGCACCUGUCCGACGAAGGGCUGGCGAUCUUCCUGGUGGACCUCAAAACGGCUCUGGUUAGUAAUAUUUAGCGGGUGGCGGCAAGAGCCCGGUUUAUGUGG